UGGUAUUUAUCAAAAAAAUACCGACGUACCUGUAACUUUUUGUAACGGUGUGUCCCGAACAGUUUUGUUCAGACUUCGGUAAUCAGUUUUCGGUAUAAUAAUUAUUGCCGUCCAACGCGCUUACCUAGGUUUGACUUCAAUAUUAUUAUACUUAAUAAUAUUAUAUCCCAGUCGAAACUCGUGAAAACAUAAAUUGGUACACCGUACUAUAUUAUGCCGAAUGCCGAUGCGUUAUCGGCCGUGCGAUCCGGUGCCAUUGAGUUGUCGUUACCCGUGUCGUGUUCAUUGUUGAGGUUUAUUAUUGUUGUUGUCGUUUUCUUGUCAGCCAUUCCACGUUAUUGCCGCUGAGCCCACAUUCGUGGACAUUUCAGACCGAAGAGUCCGGUGUUUGCCGUACGCGUUUCCCGUCGACACUUCUGCGCAUUCCGCCAAACGUACUUAACCGCUACCGCUCCCGCUGCCGCCGCCGUCAACCCUCGGGUCCGCCGUGGUGCGUCUAACCUCUAUCUUGUACGGUGCCGGCUUCGCGGACCAAGAGCCAACGGCAAACGUUGCGGGUCGUAUGGAUGCUGUGCACAAUGUGGCCAUAAAGAUGUGACAUCGUGUCAGACAUGCGUGAAACCAUAAUAUGAUCGCCGGACUUGUACAGUUUAUAGGUGACAAGAGUGCUAACGACGACUGUGGUAACAAAUACUUAUCAUGUUCACGGCGAACGUAAGCCAUGAAGGCGAGACUUUUCGUGUACCAAACGAAAUAGUUAAGCUGAUUCAGUUAUUUGAAAGUGUUCCAUUCGCACUUAACCAGAACGCCAGCACUGACCUAUCCUCGAACGUCACUACCAACAAGUCUUUAAUCUUCAAUACCGACAAGGCCAAAAGUGUCAACAGCGAGGAGCCCUUGAACGCCACUGACGAGAACGAUAGUUUUGUCGAAGAAGUUAUAUUUGAAUUUAAUAUGGAUCAAUCUAAUGAAAAAUGUAGUGAUGCCAGAAUGGUUCCUAUGCCUAAGUGUUUGGUGAAUAACCCUAGUAUAUCAAUCAUACCGGCAAAAAGUCCUCAGACCUUGAAUUCACCCUCAAGACAACCACAAAGAACAUCAAUUAGUAUGUUACCACGAGCUACGCCUGUAACUACGCCAAGUGCAGUUGUUCCUGUGUCAAACGAACAAAGUGUUAUCAAUGAUAAAUUAGUUCAAUCAAGCGCUAAAAACAAAACUAAAAGAAACGCACUUAAUCAAGACACGGAUCUAUCAACAUUCAAAGUACCGAGGCUUUCUAAAACGCCAGACAAAAGAUCAAGAACCUCCAAUAAGUCGUGUGCUAAAAAUGAACAGACUUCGAAAGUUAAUCAUCCUUCAAAACCACUUCAAGUUCCAACAACGAAAUCACUUUGUUCUGUGACUAACGUGAUAAACAUAGUUGCUCAAUCAGGAGCAAAACAGUUGUCUACUCCAAUUUCAGAUUUAAAAAAAGAUACAGUAACCAAUGAAACUGAAAAAAACAUUAAUGUUAAAGUAAAGUCUUACGAGUUAUCUGUCAAUGGUCCACUUAUAAAGGAAGAUGGUGGUCUUAAUAUGAAAGGCAAAAGCGAAGGAAUUUUUGUAUACAAAAAUAAUCAAAUUAUUGAUAUUACAAAACCUGACUUGGUAGACAAUCUGUUAUUGUGUGUUGGUGCAGGUCUUAAAAGAUUUGGUACUAAAGAAGAAUAUGAUAUUGCUAAACAAUCAAACAUCAUACACUCUCCUGAACAUAGUUGGUGGUCCACGGAUUCAGAAAAUGUUUCUACAACUAAUUCUAAACAGAGUCCAGUGAAUUCAAAUAACAUUGUUACUCAGAAAAGCCCACAAGCAGUUAAUCAAACUUCUCAUAAAUCACCAUCACCACAUAUUGGAAGUCAACAUCCUUCUACCUCAAAACAUCCUAGUGUUAGCGUAACAUUACAACAAAUGAAAGGGUCACCGAAUGUUUUUUCACCCCAAGGCCAACCUAAGCAAAAUGACGUAAAAAUGCAAUUGUCAAGUAAUCAACUAGUAACGUCGCCAAAAGCUACAAUUACCCAGACGCAGUUAUCAUCAAAACAACAAGUGUUAAAUAGUUCACAGUCAUCAUCACCUUCAAAACUUACUAUGGCUACAGUUAAUCAAGUUAAGACUGCAUCCAAACAAACAGCGGGACAACCUUUGGCUCCCAGUAAACUUCAGCCGGCUGAAAAUAAUCAGCCUACUGUAAAAACCUGUAGUAAAUGUGGCGCUGAAGCGGUAGAUGACUUGUGUACUACUUGUCGUGUAUCUUCUCAAUUCAAAGGCGUGACUGUAACGCGAAUUGAAACACCAGCUACCCCAAUAUCCAGUAGUGUUGGUUCAGUCAUAUUGUUGUCAUCAGAGGACGAGGAUGACGGUGAAAUAAAUAGUAAUGAAGACACUACACUUCCGGUUGAGCCGAUUGUCAGUAGAGUGGACUCGAUGGACCUCAUAAAUGAAUAUGUUGCCAAUUUGAGACAAAAUCCAUUGCAUCUAGAGGAUAAAUUAUUACAGAUUGAUUUGAGCAGUAAAGAUUUUUUUAAAAUUGAAAAUUGUUAUAGUAUUCGAAUUGGUAAUUUUAAAACCACACCAUCUGAUCUCGGUGAUACUGUUGUUUGUUUACACGGAGUAAGAAUAACAUUAAAUGAUGCAGAUAGCCAACCGGUUACGCUUGAUUUACGUGCAGAAAAUAUUGUAAAAAUAUUGGCAUUUUAUGGAGAUAAAAUGCCUACUAUUAUUAUAUAUACUACACAUUUAGCGUCUGCAGGAAUUCGUCAUUUGUUAGGAAUGCGCGAUGAUGGCAAAGGUUAUUUCUAUGAUCCGACUUUUAGAGACAAUACUGUGAAUAAAAUUAUUUUAUCAUUUGGACUAAAGAAAAAUGAAAAUACAACUUUAGAGAAGUUGUUACAAAGGUUCCCCAAAGGGAAGUAUGAACCUGUGACUACGUUUCAAGUUAAUAAACUUAUAUCCGCUGCUUCUUCUGUUGAUAAACAGUAUAAGAAAAAAGUCGAGAAAACAAGAAAUAUGGAUUAUAAUAAUACCGAAAUUAUCAAUUUUAAUGCUGAUAACAAUAAUUGUAGAGUAAGCAUCUUCGAUUUUACAGGCCUAAGUGUCGAUGAAUAUUUAAACGAUGCACUCGUCGACUUUUAUUUAAAUUAUUGGUUUAUGCGGCAUGUGUCUGAAAAAGACCGAAGACGAUCAUAUCUUUUUAGUACUUUCUUUUAUACAAGACUGACAACACCAAUAGGCGGAAACGAUAAAACCAAACCAAAAGCACAAUGCCGUCAUGAUCGUGUUAAAAAAUGGACGAAAAAUGUCAACAUAUUUGAAAAAGAUUUUAUUUUUGUACCAAUAAAUGAAAACUAUCAUUGGUAUAUGGCAGUUGUGUGUUAUCCAUAUUUAACAGGCCCAAUUCAUAUGGAAACUGGAAGUAAAGUCGACUUGCCAGAUAUAGACCGAUUUGAACCAGAUAAUUUUCAUUUAUCUCCUUGUGCGGAAAAUUCUGAACGCGAUGAAGUAGAUGGAAACUCAGAAGACCUUAGAUAUUUCCAUCUUAACUAUGACUAUUAUGAUGAAAAAGAGACAAGUACUUAUGAAUCUGAUGUUGAAGAGUUGAAAAAAUCCGAACGACCUCCUAUUAAACAGCCAUGCAUUUUAAUAUUUGACUCGUUAUAUGGUGGUACAAACCGAGCGAAUAUUGUUGCUACACUACGAGAAUAUUUAGCUGAAGAAUAUUAUGCCAAAAAUGGAGAACGCAGAGAAUUUCCCAAAGAAAUCGUGAAAGGUAGUGCUGUCAAAGUUCCACAACAAACAAAUUACUCGGAUUGCGGUCUAUUUUUGUUACACUAUUUUGAAAAAUUCUUUGAGUGUCCCAUUGUCGAUUAUAGUUGCCCAAUAUCACAUCUUGAGCAUUGGUUCUCCUGUGACGAUGUCACUAAGAACGCGAAAAAACGAAAAGAUUUUCUGAAAAUUGUUUUAAAAAUCAUGGAAGAACAAGGACGUAAAGUUGAACUACCAACUUUGAAGUUUGUAUCCACAAACAAUUCUUCAGGUGUACACUAUCGCUCUUACAACCCGUUUAAUCAUGACUACGAUAGCAUGGAUUAUGAAGAAAAUAUGGAUAGUGAAGAUUCUGAAAUGUGCGAUGAAGAGGACUAUAUGGAAUCUGAUGAAGAAUACGUCAAUCCCAAUUAUGAUUAUGAAGAUGAAGACGAAGAAGACGGUUAUGAUCACGAUCCGACAGAUUUUUACCCUGAACAUUCUGAAAACGAAGAUGAAACUACGUAUGUCGAAAGUGCACAGUGGUCUGACGUUCAACAUGAAGAUGGCAUUGAAUACCAUACCGAGAACAUCGGGGUUGAUGUGGAUGAACCUGAUGUAAACCCCAAUAAUCAUGGAAAUGUCAGUCACCAGAACAAUGAACACCUAGAUUCUUAUAGAUCCGCCUAUGUGGAACAUGAAAAUAUUAGUGAAAACAUCUCGGCGGCACAAAGUUUUAAAUCGAAAAAGGCUCAACGUCUAAAUCAUAAUAAGUAACCAACCAAUUAAUAAACUUACAAAAAUGGUUAAACGUAUCAAGCAUAAUAUUAGAUAUUGUUACAGUAAUUAAAUAUUUAUUUACCUUUGAAAUUGUCAGUAAAAUUAUUAUGCUUGUUCAAAAUAAACACGGUGGUGUUGCUCUAAGAAAAAGAUUUUAACCAGGGAAUAUUGUAUAAUGGUCAACAAUAAAAACACUUUUUACCCCUAAUUGUUACGGUGUAAUUUAAAACGCCAUUUUGAUUUAUUAUAAGCAUGUUCAUUCCACAUUAAUUAAGUUAUAUAAAAUUACUUGUAAAUUUAUUUUAUACCUAAUGGUGAUUUUAUAUAUUUUUUCCUAACUAAAAUGUUACAACAUAUUUAUGUAUGUAUUUUAUUAUGUAUAUUGUAUAUAGUGAAGUGUGUUAAAAGUAUAUAUUUCAUUUUAUAAUGAUCUUAUUUUUGUCUAUAUUUAUUUUAAUAAUAAUAAUAUGUUAAAUGUUUUAUGCACGUAAA